AUGUACUCUGCUUUUAUUCUUUUCUUGGUUAGUUCGGUGUAUUUCGUAUCGACGAAAGAUGCACCUGUAGUUCCUGUGCAACCAUUCAAACCAGAACCGAUACGUAUCACUUUGGAUGAUCUUCCACCGCCAUACAAAACAUCAUCUGCUACAAAACCCGCAAUUGUUGUUGCCGUACCGAGCAAUGCAACAUUACUCGUUCCCGAUACUAAUUUUCGCGUAACAAUCUUUCGCGACGGUUUGAAUACCCCAAGACAACUGAUCUACACUCCAACAGGCGAAAUUCUUGUGACAGAAAUGCGCGGUAAUCGUAUAUCGAUUCUGAGUGGCGAUGAGACAUCAGUGUUUGCUGAUUCUUCAAACGGUGUUGCACAAGCUUUCGGUAUGGCCUUUACUGAGGUGAGUUCCGUAGUAUCACUUGAGAUUCAGUUGAAAACCGUCUCUGCUUUUAAGGGCUGGUUCUAUGUUGCCAAUGCUGGUGAACUUCGUCGUUAUCCAUACAAAACUGGUGAUAAAAGAUUGAAAGGAACUGGACAAGUUCUCAUCACAUAUCAAAGUACUUAUCACUGGACACGCAGUUUAAUCGUCUCACCAAAUGGCGAUCGAUUAUUUGUCACAGUUGGUUCUGGUAGCAAUGUUGACAUCGAAUAUCCAUCGCGAGCAUCUGUUCAAGUCGUGGACUUGGACGGUACAAACAACGCAACAUUCGCUUGGGGUUUACGUAAUCCAGUUGGUAUUGAUUUUCAUCCCAAAAGUGGCGAUCUCUAUGUUGCGGUUCAAGAACGCGAUGAAAUCGGUGACGACCUUGUACCAGACUACUUCACCAGAAUCCAAAAAGAUGAGUUCUACGGAUGGCCAUUCGCCUAUCUAUCGCCAAAAAAUGUUGAUCCACGACGACGCUUUCCCAAUGGUACAAGCGAACGCCCAGAUCUAGUUGAACGCACACGAACACCAGAUGUUCUCUUUCAAGCUCAUUCGGCUGCUCUCGAUAUGCAAUUCUAUCGUGGUACUCAAUUUCCAAGCCAUUACCAAAACGGCGCCUUUGUUGCUUUUCACGGCUCAUGGAAUCGACACGCUGGUACGGGCUAUAAGCUUGCUUUUAUUCCAUUCGGUGAUGACAAUCGUCCACUUGGUUACUAUGAAGAAUUCUUGAAAGGAUUUCUCAUCGAUCCACAAGGCCCAACAACGUUUGGUCGACCUGUUGGCCUAUUAGAAAUGAACGAUGGUAGUUUACUAUUCAGUGAAGACGGAAAUGGACGUUUGUAUCGGGUUGAAUACGUUAAAAGUGCCAGUCAGUAG